AUGUCACUCAUCACCACCAACCCCUACGACUUCCCCAUGUGCAGUCAGGGUCAGAUCACUGUGGCCAGCAUCAACGACAAGGAAGAGCUGGAUGCCACAGACGAUGCCAUUACAAUCCUGGGCUUCACUAAUGAUGAGAAGAUCAGCAUCUACAAGCUGACAGGAGCUGUACUGCACCAUGGCAACUUGAAAUUCAAGCAGAAGCAGCGUGAGGAGCAGGCAGAGCCAGACGGCACAGAGGUGGCUGAUAAAAUCGGCUACCUGCUGGGCCUGAACUCAGCUGAGAUGCUGAAGGCUCUGUGCUACCCCAGAGUGAAGGUCGGCAAUGAGUAUGUGACCAAGGGACAGACUGUGCCUCAGGUUAAUAACUUAGUCUCGGCUCUGGCCAAGUCCAUCUACGAGAGGAUGUUCCUGUGGAUGGUCAUCCGUAUCAACGAGAUGUUGGACACCAAGAAUCCAAGGCAGUUCUACAUCGGUGUGCUCGACAUUGCCGGGUUUGAGAUCUUUGACUACAACAGCAUGGAGCAGCUGUGCAUCAACUUCACCAAUGAGAAACUGCAACAGUUUUUCAACCACACCAUGUUCGUCCUGGAACAAGAGGAGUACAAGAAGGAGGGAAUCGUCUGGGCCUUCAUUGACUUCGGCAUGGACUUGGCUGCCUGCAUUGAGCUUAUUGAGAAGCCAUUGGGCAUCUUCUCCAUCCUUGAAGAGGAGUGCAUGUUCCCCAAGGCUUCAGACACUUCCUUCAAGGACAAGCUGUACGCCCAGCAUCUUGGCAAAAACAAGGCGUUUGAGAAGCCCAAGCCAGCCAAAGGCAAGGCAGAGGCCCACUUCUCCCUGGUGCACUAUGCCGGCACAGUGGACUACAACAUCACUGGCUGGCUGGACAAGAACAAGGACCCCCUGAACGACUCAGUUCUUCAGCUGUACGGGAAGUCUUCAGUCAAACUGAUGGCAACCCUGUAUGUCGCUGCCCCACCUGAGGAUACAACCAAGAAAGGAGGCAAGAAGAAGGGUGGUUCCAUGCAGACUGUGACCUCCCAGUUCAGGGAGAACUUACAUAAGCUGAUGACCAACUUGAGGAGCACUCAUCCUCACUUUGUACGCUGCCUGAUCCCCAACGAGUCAAAGACUCCAGGUCUGAUGGAGAACUUCCUGGUUAUCCACCAGCUCAGGUGUAAUGGUGUUCUGGAGGGUAUCAGGAUCUGCAGGAAGGGCUUCCCCAGUAGAAUCAUCUAUGCUGACUGCAAGCAGAGGUACAAAGUACUGAAUGCCAGUGUCAUCCCCGAGGGCCAGUUCAUCGACAACAAGAAGGCUUCUGAGAAGCUGCUUGGGUCCAUUGAUGUGAAUCACAAGGACUACAAGUUUGGACACACCAAGGUGUUCUUCAAAGCCGGUCUGCUGGGUGUCCUGGAGGAGAUGAGAGAUGAGAAGCUGGCCUCUCUGGUCGGCAUGGUCCAGGCUCUCAGCCGUGGAUUCCUCAUGAGGAGAGAGUUCACCAAGAUGAUGGAGAGGAGAGAUUCCAUUUUCACCAUCCAGUACAACAUCCGUUCAUUCAUGAAUGUGAAAACCUGGCCAUGGAUGAAGUUGUACUUCAAGAUCAAGCCCCUGCUGCAGAGCGCUGAGACUGAGAAGGAGCUGGCCAACAUGAAGGAGAACUAUGAGAAGAUGACGUCGGACUUGGCCAAGGCUCUGGACAAGAAGAAGGAGUUGGAGGAGAAGAUGGUGGCCAUGGUGCAGGAGAAGAAUGACCUGGCGCUUCAAGUCGCAUCUGAUUCAGAGAAUCUGAACGAUGCUGAGGAAAGGUGCGAGGGGCUCAUCAAGAGCAAGAUCCAGCUGGAGGCCAAACUCAAAGAGACGACUGAGAGGCUGGAGGAUGAGGAGGAGAUGAAUGCUGAGUUGACUGCCAAGAAGAGGAAGCUGGAGGAUGAGUGCUCAUAGCUGAAGAAGGACAUUGAUGACCUGGAGCUCACCUUGGCCAAAGUGGAGAAGGAGAAGCACGCCACUGAAAACAAGGUUAAAAACCUGACAGAGGAGAUGGCGUCUAUGGAUGAGAGUGUUGCCAAGCUGACCAAGGAGAAGAAAGCCCUCCAAGAGGCCCACCAGCAGACACUGGACGACCUGCAGGCAGAGGAGGACAAAGUCAACACUCUGACCAAGGCCAAGACCAAGCUGGAA